GUCCUGGCUAUUUCGCACCCAGUCACUGUCAGUCUGCUCCGCCGUAAACACCCCCGCAACAGAAGUGUCAUGAGAGCUCCCGCGGGAAUCGGCUGCGCCCUUGGUUAACGAUGUUGCUCGGGACUCGACCAUGCCAUGCGAGACUGAUGAAGACGAAGAAGAAGCCGAGGAAACAAUAUGAUCACCGCGAAGAUAAUGCGCAUUCUCAGAAAUAAGGUCCUGCUCACGAUCCUCAUCCUCCUGGGAGUGGCCUAUUGCGGACUGUCCCUCUGGUCCGAGAAUUCUAGUGCAGUAAAUGAUACCGAAGGUGAAGUUGCUGGGAGAGCAGAGUUUCGAUGGGGUCCAGAAGCAGGAAAUGGCACAGGAACUGAUAAAGUGACCACAUGCAGAAAUUCAGUCCAAGGGAAGGUUCUGCUUGCAGAUGACCAAGGGUACGUGUGUCACAGAGUUGACCGCCUGAGCACAGGAUGUUGCAACACUGCUGUUGAUACAACUCAUCGAUAUGUUUGCGAUACCUGCAGUGUCCAUGGUUGCUGUGCUAUUUACGAGUACUGUGUAUCAUGUUGCCUGCACCCGGAUAAAAAAGCUUUGCUGAAGAAGGUUUUAGGACAAAUCAGCGAUAAUAGUCCUCUAUAUGCUUCUGUAUCGGAUCAUUUUGAAUUGUGUUUGGUUAAGUGUCGCACAUCCAGCCAGUCUGUGCAACAUGAAACACUGUAUAUAGACCCUAGAGCUAAGCAUUGUUAUGGGGAAGGCCCUCCAUCUCUUAAUAAUAAUGAAACAUGAUUGUACAAAGAUAGUUUAGAUGUAUUUUGUGUUUUUAAAUGCUCCUUUAUCUUAUUUUUAAAAAACCUAUGAUGCAUUCAUGUACAUUGACUAAAAACUAUUCAGGAUGCAAUAUUUUAACUGUAUUUUAGAGGGGGGGCAGCAUUUCUUCAUUUGAAGGUAGGAUAAUACUACAGUGCUAUUGUCGGAUACUGUAGUAGUCAUAAUUAUAUUUGGUGAUUUAUUUUUCUAAUGCUUUUCAAAAUGCAGUGGUAAUUUUUUACUUUUUUAUUGAUUUUAAUUUAACAUUUUUGUUGUGUACUUCUUUAUUCAAAGUAGUUGCUAAUGAUUUGGUUCUAUUAAAAGAUUGACAUUUUUAUCAAAAGUUUAAAUGUAUUUUAUCAUGUUGGAUUUUAAGGUUGUGUUAAAUUUUUAUAAUGAAACAUCCUUUUAGAACUAGAAAAAUCAUCUUUAUGUAACCUUUCACAAUAAAAAGACUAGAUCCCA